CGAGAAGACUGAUGCGGCACUUGAUAACGCGUGUCUCUCCCAUCAGUCUGUCUGACUGGCCGGGCGGGCGGCCUGCCCGGUCCACAUCCAUCCCCUUCUCGAGCAAGCAGCGUCCUGCACAGCGCUGCUCAGCCGCUCAUCAAACCUGCAACAAGGCCUGCCUUCUACUGCAUAGCCCUCCCCCCGAAGGCCCUCAAAAGAAUGUACGUCAGGCAGCAUCAACAUCCCAACAAUGACAACCACAUCCGCCCUCGCCCCCCAAACCUCCCUAUCCCACCCACCCUCAGCAACGAACGUAGUGUACUCGAUCAUUAUCCCCACUUAUAAGGAAGCAAAAAACUUGCCAACCGUUAUUCCCAAUAUUUAUGCUGCCUUGCAACAAAGCCCCUUUUUGAACCAGACGGAGGUUGUGGUUGUGGAUGAUAACUCACAGGAUGGGACGAUUCAAGUUUGUGAUGAACUCAUUAAGAGAUUCGGAGUUCCCGGAGGCUUCACAAUCCGGCUGAUCACACGCACAACCGACCGCGGCCUCUCCUCCGCCGUCCUCCGGGGCUUCUCCGACUCCCACGGCAGCUACCUCUUGUGCAUGGACGCAGACGGCCAGCACCCCGCCCACGUCCUCCCGCGCCUCUUCACCGCCCUCCACACCUCCGAGUUCGUCAUCGGCACCCGCAAGGGCGGCAAAGUCGACUCCUCCUGGGGCCUCGGGCGCACCAUCAUCUCCAAAGGCGCCGGCGCCCUCGUCAUACCCUUAACGUCCAUGAGCGACCCAAUGAC